GAGACGGGGAAAGGGCCACAUGAUGCCGAGAACCGGGACCAUGCAGAGCUCCAAGCUGCUCAGCGGCGCGCUCCUCUGCGCACUGCUGCUGCUCUCCAGCGUCGCUGGAGCCGAAGUGUUGGACACCGAGUCCGAAGAAGAGCUGAGCCCCAGAGCCUUGCGGGACUUCUAUCCAAAAGGUCCGAACCUGACCAGCGAGAAGCAGCUGCUUGGAGCUCUCCAAGAAGUUCUUGAAAAGCUGCAGGCUAAACGACUGCCUUUAUGGGAAAAGAAAUUUGGCCAAGUCCCAACGUGUGAUGUCGGGGAGCAGUGCGCCGUGAGGAAAGGCGCUCGGAUCGGGAAGAUGUGCGACUGUCCCCGGGGAGCUUUCUGCAACUUUUUCCUGCUGAAGUGCUUAUGAGCCUCGUCGGGAUCUGAAUGUAGCUUUGAGAUGGGGAGAAACGAAACUGUCACUCGAUUCCUUUGUAAUUACUGUCAUAUUUUUUAUGAUACAGCUGAGGAGCAGGUGCGGUGACUGCCCAACCCUUGAGAAAAAGAACUAUAGUAGUUCUAUGAUAAGUAUAUAUUUUAAAAGUAUAUUAUAUAUCACAGAAAAACUAUACGUCUCUGUAAGGAUAGGAUGUUAUAGUGAUGUACAGGAAAUGAGAAAGAACCAUAAAGUUCCUGUAAAUAUUCAGAAACCACUUCAUGUCUGUAGGAAACCCCCAGGAUCAUUGUAGUGAUGUAAUAGGAGCUAAGAAAUAACCCAUAAUGCACAAUAAACUCACCCAGGACCCCACACACGCUGUAAAGUCUUAACAGCAAUAUAAUAGAGAUUCUUCAUCUGGGCAAAUCCAAAACCUGUCUUUUGAACUUGAACUACUUUGUUUCAGAUGAAUGUUUGUGUAUGACUAAUAGAGUAAUAAUAAACUGUGGAUCAUGUUGUUUUGUAAA